CUCGUUACCCAUGUGUGUGUUUAAAUUACCCACCAGGAAGUAUAAAUACCAAACCGAUAGUACUUCCCAGCCUGGUGAAUAUCGGGGUGAGGCCAUGGAUUUCUUGUUCAUACACCGCUGGAGAUUAGAAGUAUAAAAGAUUUUAUUCGACUAUGGCCAACCCCCAGGCACAAGAGGUCAUCACCUGUGACCUUUGUGUCAAGCCUACCCAGCAGUUCUGUAACAACUGUCAACUCAGUUUGUGUGUGGACUGUGUUAGUAAACAUGUGGACAAGCUCAAGUACCAACCACAUGACAUCGUUCAUUUCAAAGACAGAAAGAUGGAUUUUCCUGAGUGUGAAUUUCACACCAACCAAAGAUGCGAGGCCCACUGCCAGCAAUGUGAUGUUCCAGUUUGCCUGAAAUGCAUGCUUGGUCCCCAUAAUGGACACAAAGUCAAGGAUAUGCCAGAAAUUUUCAACGACAAGAAAAAGAAACUUGAAAAGGAAACCAAAGAAAUUGAAUUCACCAUUAUUCCGCAGUACAAGAAGAAAAAUGAAGAAACAGAAAGCAAACUAUCCAUUAUAAUGGCCAAAUUAGAUGAACUGGACAAAGAAAAAGAAAACCAUAGAAAGUUCUGGCACCAAGAGGUCGACACCAUUUUCAAUCAUCUCGGUUCUUUGCUGAAGUCCAUAAAAGAGAAUCUCCUGGCUGCUCUAAACUCUCAUCAAUCCAAAAUAAAAAUUCUAAUUCCAGACAUGACCCAAACUGUUCAACAAAACAAAGAAAUUCUGAAGUCAAACAAUGUGUCUGCAGUCACUAACUACAAAUCCAAACUCCAGGAAUACAGGAACAUGCCUACUUAUAUUGAUGUCAAACUGCCAUCACUCAAAACCAACACAGUCCAAGGGAGAGAACUCAGCCUGGAAUUAGGAGAAUACAAGGCUAGCCUGACACAGACAACACUGUCCAGUCUGACAGAGGAAGUCUCCUAUUUAUCUUUACAAAAGCUGUUAGAGCAAGCCAAAUCAAUUACAACCAUUCCUACUGGAGUUAUUCCUCUAGGCCCUGUUGCCUGUGUGGGAGUGGAUGAAGCCUGGGUUAGUGGUGGAGAUAAAACCAUAAGACGUGUUGACAUACACGGGUCUGUACGGGACACUGUCACCACUACAUGUGAAGACUGGCCUAAUGACAUCACAGUGACCAGACAGGGAGAACUGGUAUACAGUGAUGGUUACAAUAGAACUGUGAACAUUGUCAGACACGGGAGAACAGAGACACUGAUAACCACACCAUGGGGCUGGUGUCCAGACAGAGUAUGCUGUACUAAGUCAGGAGACAUCCUGGUCAGUAUGUGUACUACUGAUACAAUCCAAUAUAAAAUUAUCCGUUAUCAGGGACACACAGUGAAACAGGAAAUAGAUAGAGAUGAAGAUGGAGAACCAAUCUAUAAAGGAGGGAAAUACUCACCGCGUGUGGUGGAGAACAACAAUGGGGACAUCUGUGCCUCUGAUAGUAAUGCUAAGGCCGUGGUCGUGGUGGACAAGUCAGGAAGAGUCCGAUUCCGAUACGACGGUACACCAGCCAGGAGGAAGAAGUCAUUUUAUCCUGCACAUAUAGUGACAGACUCCAUGAGUCAGAUCAUUGUGGCAGAUAGCAACAAUGCCUGUCUACACAUCCUGGAUCAGAACGGACAAUUCCUGAGAUGUGUGGACAAUUGUGGACUAGAUAAACCUUAUGGACUGAGUGUGGACAGUGAGGGGAGGUUGUGGGUAGGGUUGUAUAAAUCAGGAGAAGUGAAAGUGAUUCAGUACAUGAAAUAAACACAAGAUAUCACAUACAGACAUCAGAUAAUGACAGAGUUCACACAGUGCUCUUGAUACAUACAUGAUUUAGUGAUAUUUACACAACAAUGUUUUCUUAUGUAUUCAUUCAAAGUUGUUUGUGGAAUUUAAACAUAGCUAUAAAGGAUAUAUAUGUG